CUGCUUUGAAGGCACGUCCUCUCUCAGAGACGCUAACCUGCUGUAUGAUGCGGAGUCCAGCAUCCGUCUUUCUGGCUUUACAGCAGCAUUUAGUCAAACGCAGCCCUGAAGGACGAUACACACACAGCUCGCCACGAGUACUGUUAACACCGCUAUCCGGUACAGGACGUUAGCUACAUUGCUCGGUGUAGAGAGUGUGUCCUCGGUCGGUGUCAGUUUACAUCCCUUGACCAGCAGUGUCGGACACACAGAGCCUUCAGCCUGCAGCAGGAGUGCUGUGAAAAGACUUUCUCCUCAUGGAAUGUAUUUAAUGAGUGCAUUCCAGAAAAUGCUACAUCUAUUGCAAACAAGUAGCUGAUAGCAUCAACUUUUUGCCAAGAACAGUCCAACAAGGGCAGCUGAUAGCACCGUAACUAUCAGCUGGACUGUAAUCUAGAUGCCAGUGUAUCAAGAUACAAGACAGCGCUGAAGAAAAGACUCCUUUUCCAAUUAUUGUUUUGCCUAAUUUUCCCUUAAGUUCUUUGUUCUUCAAGUGCAAUCAUGGGGGCCACCGGCUAUGGUUACUAUCGUGCGACUAUCUUCCCCUGCAUGUUCAUCGGCUACGCACUGUUCUUCUUCAACAGGAAGACCUUCUCCUUUGUCAUGCCUUCUGUGAUGGAGGAGAUCAAAUUGGACAAAGAUGACCUAGGUCUGAUCACCAGCAGCCAGACCAUGGCCUAUGCCAUCAGUAAGUUCAUCAGUGGCGUGCUGUCAGACCAGAUCAGCGCCCGCUGGCUCUUCUCCAUCGGCCUGUUCUUGGUGGGAGGCAUCAACAUAGCCUUCUCCUGGUCGUCCACCGUCCCCAUGUUCUCACUACUCUGGUUCAUCAACGGCCUGGGACAAGGUUGUGGCUGGCCCCCAUGUGGGAAAGUGCUGCGCAAGUGGUUCGAGCCCUCCCAGUUUGGAACAUGGUGGUCGGUGCUGUCCUGCAGUAUGAACCUGGCAGGAAGUCUGGGUCCCAUCCUGGUCACAGUGCUCCUGCAGUACUACGACUGGAGGGCCAUCCUGACCAUGUCCGGCAUCGUCUGUGCCGGCUUCUCCUUUGUGUGCGUGCUGUUUGUGAAGAACGAGCCGAAGGAUGUGGGUCUGCCCAGCAUCCAGGCAGCAGCCAAGAAGGGAGCAAAGGCCGGCGGAAACAGUGAGAGCACCCUGAGGGAGUUCCUCCUCUCCCCCUUCCUGUGGGUGCUUUCUCUGGGCUACCUGGUGGUGUUCGGGGUGAAGACGGCUGCCACUGACUGGGGACUGCUGUUCCUCAUUCAGGAGAAGGGCCAGACUGUUUUAAUGGGCAGCACCUACAUGAGUGCCUUGGAGGUGGGAGGCUUUGUGGGCAGCCUUGCAGCGGGCUUCCUCUCCGACAGAGCUGUGUCUCGGCAAGGCUUGGGCACCCACGGAAACCCUCGCCACGGCCUGCUCAUUUUCAUGAUGACCGGGAUGUGUGUGUCCAUGUACCUGUUCAGAGUCACCAUCACACCUGAGAUCCCUGAGGAGGCGCCUCUUUGGGUCCAAGUCAUUCAUCCUGUCUCUGUCCUCAUUGGCGUAUCAGAAAAAGAGAUCUGGAUCCUGUUCCUCGGUGCUAUGUUUGGAUUUUCUUCCUAUGGACCAAUCGCCUUGUUUGGGGUGAUAGCCAGUGAAUGUGCUCCUCCGAAUUUCUGUGGAACCUCUCACGCUGUUGUAGCGCUGAUGGCUAAUGUGGGGGCGUUCAUGGCGGGGCUUCCCUUCAGCACUAUUGCCAAACAACACAGCUGGGACAUGGCAUUCUGGGUAGCCGAGGUGAUAAUGGCCUCUGCCACCAUUGGUUUCUUCCUUGUACGCAAUAUGCGCACCAAAAUGGGACGCAUCGCAGAGAAAAUGGACUAGCGUUUCUUCCUGAAACAAGAUAAAUGUUAAUAUGUGACAAACAGCCUGUGUUCUAUCACUUAAGACAGCUCUUUAUAUAGAAUACUGCACAUUAAUACAACAAUUUGACCAAAUAACACUAAUUGCCAAGGUUUUUUCCUGAGGAAAUACAUUGAUGAAGAUGUUCAGGAAGGGUGUUAAUCAUUAAACUACUUUAGAUAGAAUUAUGUCAGGCAGAAAUCUGUAUUUUUUACAGCCUGCGACAUUAACUUUGGUGGGGUUUUUUGCCUGCUAAAAUAAACUUCUUCUCUGUACUUUGGACAAAAAAUCUAUUAAAAUAAGAGCGCAUAACCUUUUUGAUCACCCAAAUAAUCCAAAAAUGAAAGAGGAUCUCUGUAGCAUAUGUAUGGAUUGUCUUCUCCUCUUCAACCGCACAACGUAAGUAGAACUUGAUUAUUUAUCAUAGAGGCCAUAUUCACGUAGAGACCUUUCAGUUUAAUGGCAGCUGUACACUUAAAAGAACCUGGACAGGACAUGAUGUAUGGUUUCUGUUGAGAUCCAGUGGAUGCAUGCUGCUCAUUGCGUACUUGCCUUCAGUGGAGGUCACUUCUCUUUAACUUAUUGAAUGUUUUCUGAUGGGCCUGUAUAUUCUAGACUAUUAUCCGUCUAGGUAUUUGCACAAAUGUGGUAGCAUGUGUCUAGGUCAUUUUAUCAAUACCUUGUGUACUGAUGAAAAUCAAAUCAUUAUUUCACUAAAAUGAAGUCAUUGGAGAAUAGGUUAUUUUUAUACGCUGUGUAAUGCUAGUUGAUGCAGAAUAACACUCGCCAGCUUUUGUGAUGCUUUCAAGGAUCACUUGAGUUGUGUUACUGCCACUGUAGCUGUGUACAGAUAUAAUAUUAACUUUGUCAUCUAAAAAAUCUGAGUUCUCUCAUCUCAACAAUUCAAACUGGGAUUGUACAAUAAAUGUGUUGUACAGUAAA